AUAUGAGUAUUGUGAGUGUGUGAGUGUGUGUGCUGAUCCAUCAUGACAGAGCUGUGUGUGAAGUGGUCGUGUGAGUACUGCACGUAUGAAAACUGGCCAACUGCUAUUAAGUGCACCAUGUGCCGAGCGCAGCGGCCCAGCGGAACCAUCAUAACAGAGGAACUGUUCCCGAGCGGCGCCGGACACCAGUGUGACCCCGUGUGCAACGACAGCCUGCUCAUCUGCCCUGAUUCCAGCGCCCGGCCCCGCGUCCGCCCGGCCCAGUCCUCCGAGCACAGCAGCAAAUGGUCGUGUCAGGUGUGCACUUACCUGAACUGGCCCAGAGCGAUCCGCUGCACCCAGUGCCGCAGUGUCCGGCAGCGCAUCUACAGCCCCACAGAAACCCCGCAGACGUCCGGAACCGGCCCUCCAGCGGAUCCGUGUGAGGAAUACAACGACCGGAACCGACUCCACACACGAGCGCAGUGCUGGACCUGCUCGGUCUGCUCGUACGAGAACUGGCCCAAAUCCUCUCGCUGCGUGGUGUGUGACCACCCCAGACCCAACGACGCCUUCCAGCCGCGCGAGCCUGACGAGCCCUCGUCCGUGAUUAACGAGCGGGACCGCGGCCGAGCGCGGGGCGUAUGCAGCGGGGCGCAGCGGCUCUCACCUGCCUCCUCUAAACAUGAGGCGGAGCUGCAGAUCGAGCUGGCCGCUGGAGCUCAGAGCGGGAACGAGGAGAUCGAGGUGGACUUCAAGAAGCUCAAACAGAUCAAGAACCGCAUGAGGAAGACAGACUGGCUGUUUCUCAACGCCUGCGCUGGUGUAGUCGAAGGUGAUCUGUCUGCGGUGGAGGCCUACAAGUCCUCAGGAGGAGACAUCGCGCGUCAGCUGACCUCCGACGAGGUGCGUCUGCUCAAUCGACCCUCAGCGUUCGACAGCGGCUUCACUCUCGUUCACCUCGCCAUCCGCUUCCAGAGACAGGACAUGCUGGCCAUUCUGCUGACGGAGGUUUCCCAGCAGGCCGUCAAAUGCAUCCCAGCGAUGGUUUGUCCUGAACUGACGGAGCAGAUUCGCAGAGAGAUCAGCGCAUCGCUGCACCAGCGCAAGGGAGACUUCAACUGCUACUUCCUGACAGACCUCGUCACAUUCACCCUGCCGGCAGAUAUUGAAGAUCUGCCUCCUGCCGUUCAGGAGAAGCUCUUUGAUGAAAUCCUCGACCGCGACGUUCAGAAGGAGCUGGAGGAGGAGUCUGCAGUCAUUAACUGGUCUCUGGAGCUGGGCACGCGUCUGGACAGCCGUCUGUACGCUCUGUGGAACCGCACCGCUGGAGACUGUCUGCUGGACUCUGUUCUACAGGCCACAUGGGGCAUCUAUGAUAAAGACUCUGUGCUGAGAAAAGCUCUCCAUGACUGUUUACACGACUGCUCUCACUGGUUCUACUCACGCUGGAAGGAGUGGGAAUCGUGGUAUUCUCAGAGUUUUGGGCUUCAUUUCUCUCUGAGAGAAGAACAGUGGCAGGAGGACUGGGCCUUCAUCCUCAACCUCGCCAGUCAGCCCGGGGCGAGUUUGGAGCAGACUCAUAUAUUUGUUCUGGCUCAUAUCCUGCGGCGGCCCAUCAUCGUUUACGGAGUGAAGUAUUACAAGAGUUUCCGAGGCGAAACCUUAGGCUACACUCGAUUUCAAGGUGAGGCGAUCACAAGAGCUCUUUAUUAA